AUGUCCCUCCCAUCCCUCACCUUCCGCCGCACCUCCUCCAUUACCUCCAAUGCCCUCCCCAUAAACUCCACCCUCACCCACCAAAUUCGACAUGCCACUCUUCUAAAACGUCCUAUUCGACCAUAUACCUUCACACAACUCGUUACUUUAUCCGACGGCUCAACCUACCUCACGCGAUCCACAUCUCCAGCGCCCAUUUACCGCAGUACAAAAGAUACACGAAAUCAUCCUUUAUGGCAGCCCUCUUUAGAUUCAUUAAGGAAUGUUGAGAAUGAUGAAGCGGGACGUUUGAGUGCAUUCAGAGAGAGGUUCGGAAGGGGAUGGGAUGGAGAGGCGGAGAAGUCGGAUGGAGAGGGAAAAUUGGCAAAGGAUGGAGAGAGUGCGAAGGCUGAAGAGAGUGCGAAGGCUGAAGAGAGUGCGAAGGCUGAUGGAGGGGCAGAGAGUAAGAAGGGAGAUUCAAUGGAUAGUUUGAUGGAUUUGAUUAGUGGAGGAGCUCAAAGGGAUAGUGCUAGUAUGAAGGGAACUGUCAGGACGAAGAGUGGAAAGGAGAAGAAAUAA